AUGGAUGUCGGCGCAACCUCCCCCGUGACCCUGAUUCUGGUCCAGCUGGGCGUCGGCAUCUCGGGGAACGGGUCCCUCCUCCCGGGAUCCGUCCGCACGGUCUCCGCCGGUCACAGGCCCGGCUCCUCGGAACCGAUCGUCUCCCACUUGGCUCCGGCCGACGUCCCGAUGCUCCUCGCCCGGGGAAUCCCGGAGACCAUGUCGGCUUGGGGGCGGAGAGGUUUCCCGGACGCCGCCGGGUGUAAAAUCCUCUUUCAUGUUCACCGAGUGGCUCGCGCGCUCUCCCUCUGCACCACCUGCCUCCCGGGCGUCUUCCAGGCCGUCAGGCUAAGCCCCGGCACCUCGCGGUGGGCGGGGGUCAGAUCCAAGUUGCCCCGGUACAUCGUCCCCUCCUGCCUCCUCUCCCGGGUCCUCAAUCUGCUGAUCCAAGUCACCGCGCUCCUGUACGUUUCGGGCCCGCCGAACGGCACCGGAAGCACAUCGCUUCUGCGGCUCUGUUCCUCCGCCCACAUCGGCCUCGCGACGGCUGCGGUCGGUCCCCUCCUGCUCUCCCUGCGGGAUCUGGUCUCCGUGGGACUCGUGAGCGGGGCCGGCGGCCACGCGGCGUCGGUCCCGCGCGGGCACCAGCGGCGGGUCCGCCGCCUCCGCGGGCCCGGCCGCUCCCCGAGGGCGACGCCCGAGGUCAGGGCGGCCCAACGGGUCGUCGCCCUGGUCACGCUCUCCGUCCUCCUCUUUGGCGGGGAUACGGUCACGCUGAGCGUUCUACCCGAGGCGGGAGAAGAUUCGCCCCAGCUGAUCGACGGCCACCCGGUCUUGACGUUCACCUUCUCGGCCGUCGGCCCGUUCCCGACGAUUCCCGGUAACGGGAAGACGAGGCGAUGCCGAGCGAGGAGACGCCCCGUUUCGGCCACCGACGCCACGGGCUCCCUCCCCGGCGCUCCGUGA